AUGUCUUCCUGCUAUUCGAAUUGCUCGGAGCGACCGCCCCCCUUGUCUCCCGAUAAUGAUAUCACUGGACCUGGAGUUAUCACCAACUACGUUGCAUCUGCAGGAAUCACCGUCUUCAUAAUUCUGCUUUACUUCUUUGUGGUUUUUGAUCCAGCCCGUGAUCCAUUCGAGAAGGAUGAAAAGUCUCCAGAAGACCCGCCAUUUCGUCCCAAUGCGAUUGAUCUGCUGAUUACGCGCAAGUGUGUCGUCGCAAUGGGCGACCUUCAACUCGUCACAGGAUUCUCAAUCCUUAUCAGCGGUGCUUUUCAGCUAAGUUGCAGCCUCACUGUCUACGAAUGGCAAAUUGCCGUCUAUCUAGCAUGGUUCUCUUGUCUGACUCACCUGUCUUGUCUGAUGGUCCUGCGAAGCUACCUUUACGUCCACACCUUUGGACGAACCUGGAGGCUGGUCACGAUGGGGGUACUCGCCAUACUGCUGAUAGUCGGGCUACUUCCCACAGCUAAUUAUGCCGAUCUUUUCAAUUCACGUCCUCGCCCUUCAGACUAUGCCAAGUGUUAUUUGAAAAUUCGCCCCUCCUCGGAUAUAGCACUUUGCUCAAUGGUUUUUUCGGUCUUGACUAUAGCUAUUGGGUUCAUUUCUCGCGUGAUGAAAUUACACAAAAUCCUUUCCGUCACGCUUUGGGGAGGGCUCAGAAUCCGGGCCAGUCUUCAGGCUCGGGCCAUACUGCGUGCCAUAUACAAGUGGUGUACCACAAGCCGCCCCGUGCAAGGCUUGGGGUUCUCUCUUGUAUAUCGACCUCUAUUUGCAGUCUUCCUUGUAGCACGUUUUGCGUUAGACGCGUGGGUCUCCAUGUUUGUAGAGGCGCUGUGGCUGUUCAUUGCUUUUUUCUGGGGUGUUCUCCGUCUUAUGGCCGCGCUUAACGACACUCCCAAGGAUCAAGAUUUGUGGACAAAGACCGCAGGGCAGAGCAGAGAUAAUUGGACUUUUGGACAAGUCGUAUCGUUGGUGUUAAUGGUGGCACCUCUCAUGAACCUGUUGGAAUACUUCGACCAAAAUCCUACCCCUGGUGCCCGAAUAUCGCUGCCUAGGGAUGGUAUUGAGCCCCGCGAGCCUAUGGGACUUUCUUCCAAUCCUGUUCCGCCUCCAUUCAUGGAGGAAGAUCCAGAUCCCAAAAGCCUUGAUGGGAACUGGUCUAACCAUUCCGAGACUCUUGGGACGGCGAUUGUCUACGGUCUUCUCUCGAUGAUGAAUUUCGUCAUGCAGCUUUUUUUGCCCUCUAUAAACAAACCCCUGCUCGAGAUAUUGAUCAGUCUAGAAUGGGGUGUCAAGGUGAUUCUUGCGUUGACGGGCACGUAUGGAGUCGUUCUGUUUUCUUUGUUUCUUGAAUCGGAGGUAAGCAAAGAGAGAAAGAGGACUCGACGCUGUCUUCAAUUUUUGAAUAUUGCAUUCCACGUGCUCAGCUUUAACUUUGGGGCUGCGUAUCCGCUUAACCAAAGUCAGAUUAUGUUGAAUUUCAUGCAACCUUUUGCCCUCGCCUUUUACGGGCUGUUGGCUGUCAACAGCAAAUGGUAUCAAAGUCAUAGAUGA